CUUUUCUCUUAAAUUUUUCCCUUAAACUUUUACCUUAAACUCGAAACACUUUUCCUGUAAGAAGUGGAAGAAGUGAAAAGAACAAAUUUCCUGUUGUUUACAUUUUGGUGCAAUAUUUUCUUGAAAUUCCAGGAGUAACUUCUAUCAGAUUAUAAAAAUAUGAGUCCUAGUCCUGAAAACAGUGGCAAAAUAUUAUUGCUUUGGGGACCACCUGCAAAGCAAGAGCAUUUGAUUGAGGUAGUUGAUGAACUUAAAAAAACAGCUAGUGGAUUAGUUGCAGUUGAAAAUUUAGAACGUUUGAUUGUGUCUGAUCAUGCUAGCUCGUCAUUUGAUGUUGUUUACUGUGGAACACUUACCCCGACCUUAGCAUUUCACCCUGCAGAAAUAUUUUCUGAAAUAGCUCGUAUUCUAAAACCUGGAGGGACUGUUGUCAUCCGAGAAUCUGUCAUAAAUGAAGCCAGAAACAAUACCUGUAACAAAAAUACAUGUUGAGGAUUAUGAUAAACAUUUUCCUAGUGAUAAGGAUAUUUCAUUAAUAGAGGUUAAAGCAAGAAAACCAUCAUUUGAAAUUGGAUCCUCUGUUCCUAUUACAAAAAAAGCUUCAAGUAAGAAUGAUGCUGCCAAAGUGUGGAUGUUAUCAUCUGAUGAUGCUCUCGAUGAAAAUGUUGAAUUAAUAAAUGAAGAUGAUUUACUUGAUGAAGAUGAUCUGAAGAAGCCUGAUCCCUCAUCAUUAAAGGUGUGUGCCACUACAAAACAGAGGAAAGCUUGUAAAAACUGCUCAUGCGGUUUAGCUGAAGAGCUAGAAACUGAAGCAGCUGCUAAAAUAGAAAAAAAUAAGUCUGCUCCAUCUGCUUGUGGCAAUUGUUAUUUAGGUGAUGCCUUUCGUUGUGUCAGUUGUCCAUAUUUGGGAAUGCCAGCCUUCAAACCAGGUGAAAAAAUUUCACUUUCAGAUCGGCAACUUAAAGCCGAUGUAUAAGGUAGCAUAGUGAAAAGUUACCAUGAUGUGAAAUUCCAAAUAUUAGUGCAACUACUAUCAAUUGUCUCUUUUACUCUGUUGCUGUAUUAAUAACUUUUAGUUGUAAAAUGGAAAAUAAGUUCUCUGUACUUAAAGCACAUUGUUUCUCUAGGUUUACUGCAUUUUCCUAGCUCUCUUGUUUUAAACUUAUUAAUUUUAUGUUAUUAUUUCAAAUCAAUCUGUUUUUAAAUUUUUUUUUUCUAUAAUCAUAAAUUUGCUUUUCACAUUUGUUAAUACUUCGUAACUAAGUUAUCAGCUUACUAAGUUAUCUAACUGUUACUAAGUUAUCUUAUACUGCAGAAAAUGCGGGUAAUCUUGUUAUCUAAAAUAGAGCUAUUAUUUUUAAAAACUUCAAUGUGAAAAUUAUUCUGUUUUAAUUAACUGAAACUUUUUUAACAAACUUAGAAUAUGAUAGUCCUGUUUAUAAUGAAAUGAGAUGUUAAUAAUAUCAUAGUUUUGUUUAUAAAAUAAUUCUCAAGGCUUUUAGUGUAAUAAUAGUACAAUAAUCAUAUAAUACAAUAAUAUAAAUAACAAUAGUACAACUUACAAGUAGACAACUUUUAAAAACUUCAAUGUGAAAAUUAUUCUGUUUUAUUCAACUGAAACUUUUUAAACAAAUUUAGAAUAUGAUAGUUCUGUUUAUAAAAUAAUUCUCAAGACUUUUAGUGUAAUAAUAGUACAAUAAGCAACUAAUACAAUAAUGCAAAUAAUAAUAGUACAACUUACUAGUAGACAAUUUAAAUUAAAGCCAUAUUCAGAAUAAUAAAGCCAUAUUCAGAAGCACACUUUUAAAGCUUCCACAGUUUCUUGUUUGUGAAUAUAUGAUUCAUAAUUGUAGGCCAGCAAUAACUUAGAAAUUUGUAAAAACUGCAUGAUGUGAUAUGUAAAUAGUUACAGAUUGUUAUAUUAAAUAUCUGUAUCUGGUAUAUACUUUAAUAAUAAUCUUUAAAAAGUUUUGGUCAAAACAAAUUGAUUAUAAAUAUAUUUAUCUUUAUUUGUAUUUUUCAGAAUUUGUUUAUAAAUUUCUCUACUUCUUUUCUCUAUUGAACAAAUAAUGACCCCCGAUUUUUUCCCAAUGUUUAUUAACAUAUGUGGCUCAUAAAGAAAUGUUUUGAAAUAAAUUUUAUACUUAUCUAUGUAAAAUAUCAGUUUUUUUUCUUCAUAUAGUCGUUUCCUAAUGUCACUUUUUAGUUAAAAUCUUUAUUAUAAUAUUGAAAUUCAAAAUUCAAAUUUUUUUGUGAGGGAAUAAGCUAUGAUAUUUGCUAUUUUUGAUUUAAAUAUUAGUUUCAAUUAAGUUUUUUAAUUGGAAAAUAACUAAACCAUCUGUGUGAAUUUUUUUAUAAAACAAAAUAUACAUAUCAUUAGUGGAACUGAUAAGACUUCGUGUGUUACUUUUAUUUUAAAAUUUCUUUUUAUAUAUAGUAAUAUAAAAUAUAAGUUAAUCUCAGAGUUCCUUUGUUUUGUUGCAACAGUGUAACAUAUACAUAAUAAAAAUUUCAUUUUUAAA